UGGGCUUCUUGAUCAGAUUCACCAGCGGCUGAAGCCCUCCCUCAGCGUGGAACACCUCAAUUCCUUCUCGCGUCUUCACGUCCGCCCGAAUUUUGAUGAGAAUCCUAUAAAUUGCCCUCUUGUCCCCCUCCAACGCGAGCUCCCCGAUGUACUGCCUGAUUUUCUCACUAUCCAUCACACCACUCUGGCCACUGAUUGGGGAAAUGGGUGAAUUUUUCUCGAAGCUGGAAAAAUUUUCACGGAAUCCGUCAAAAACUCCACUUGCUGCAACACUAGUCGUCUCUUUCGCACUCACAAGGGAAAUGUGAAUGAACUCGCCCGGAAUUCUAAGGUUAUGUGUUGCAGCCUCCUGACCGUGCGAUGAAAGUUCUGCCCAGGAGCAUAAAAUUGCUGGCGGCUCAGCUCCGUGAGAAAUCCGUGAAUUGUGAGGAGAUUUCCACUGUGAUCUCCAGCACUGUCCAGAAGACGAAGAACUUGAACGCCUUCAUAACAGUCACGGAAGAAUGCGCCGAGAAGCAAUGGUCAGAUUCCAAGGAGAGGCACAAACUUGGCAAGUCUCUGGGGGAUUUGGACGGAGUGCCAAUUGCCGUGAAAGACAAUUUUUGCACAAAAAACAUCCGGACAACUUGCGCCUCUCGGAUGUUGCGAUUUUUUACUCCCACCUACAAUGCCACGGUUUAUGAGAGACUGGCUCAACGUGGAGCUGUUCUAGUCGGGAAGACAAAUAUGGAUGAGUUCGCCAUGGGAUCUGGAGCGACAGAUUCUAUUUUUGGACCAGUUAAGAAUCCAUGGAGUGACGGAGAAGAGAACUGGCGCAUUUCAGGAGGAAGUUCUGGAGGAUCCGCCGUGGCAGUGGCCACAGGAAGUUGCUAUGCCGCUCUAGGAUCAGACACGGGAGGAUCGACGAGAAAUCCUGCCUCCUACUGUGGCGUGGUGGGUCUGAAACCGACUUACGGAUUGCUUUCCCGCCACGGAUUGAUUCCUCUGGUCAAUUCACUGGAUGUCCCUGGAAUACUCACACGAUCUGUGGAAGAUUGCACUGUGGUGCUGAAUGCCAUCGCUGGACCAGAUGACAGAGACUCCACUACACUGAAGAGCCCUCACAAACCUAUCGAAUUACCUCCAGUCGAGAAGAUUUCUCUCCGUGGCCUCAAAGUUGGAAUCCCAGCGGAAUAUCACAGCCCUGAAAUGGCGGAAAACGUCUCAGAGACGUGGAAGUUUGUGGCCAGGCUGUUGGAGGAAGCAGGAGCGACAGUAACUGAUGUGUCCCUGCCUCACACUUCCUCCUCAAUAGCAGUCUACUCUGUCCUGAACACCUGCGAAGUGGCCAGUAACAUGGCUCGAUACGAUGGAAUUGAGUUCGGGCACAGAGCCGAAGAUGCGUCCAGCACGGAGAAACUGUACGCUGAAUCCCGGGCAGUGGGAUUCAAUCAUGUUGUGAAAACAAGGAUUUUAUCUGGGAACUUCUUCCUGCUUCGGCGAAACUAUGAAAACUACUUCAUGCAGGCGCUGAAAGUGCGUCGCUUAAUUGCCCAGGAUUUCCAGAAAGUCUUUCACGGAGAGUGUCAUCUUCUCCUGACCCCAACAACUCUCUCAGAGGCUCCGGCACAUCAAGAAUUCGUUGGCCACUCGAAUAGGGAUCAAUGUGCUGUCCAGGAUUUCUGCACUCAACCUGUGAACAUGGCCGGAAUCCCUGCAAUUUCUCUGCCCAUCCGACUCUCAGAGAACAAUCUGCCUCUGUCGCUCCAGCUCAUCGGCCCCAGAUUGUCAGAGAGUCUCCUGCUCACCGUGGCCAGAUGGAUAGAGCACACAGUCGACUUCCAGCACAGAGUUUAUUAG